ACUGAUUCGCAUUUUCCCGUUUGCACAUUCACGCCAUUUAUUAAAUACCGUUUGUUUUUGAGUUGUGAAGUAGGAAAUAUUCAGAUUAAAUUCCAGUGCAAUUCGAUUUAGUGCUAAAACAUGUAUACGAUUCCUCAUGGAUCGAAAAAGAACAAUGCUCGCGGAAUAGCGGGCGCUCCCGCAAAUAGUGCAUAUGAAAAAAUGCAAAGCUCAAGUCCGCCGGCAAAAUUAUUUGAUCGGAAAUUUGUUGCUACUGCGUUGAGGAAUACACUUUGCUGUCCUAAAUGUCGCAGUGAAUAUUCAACGAACUAUGAUCUCCGCAUGGGCGAUGCUCACGUCAAGAGCAAUCGCCCGUUCCUACUCACCUGCGGACAUAAUAUGUGCGAAAAUUGUAUUUAUCAAAAUCACCAGAAUCUCGUUUGUAGCGUUUGUCAGAAUCCAAUCAUUAUCGACAAAGGCAAUCCGCCGUCCACAUCACUCAGUUGCACUGCAGUGCAACAACAACAACGCCACCACAUUCAACAGCGACAUGAAAAUUUCAAUGUACGCGAUUUCUUUUACAUGAAUUUCUUUUUGAUUGGUGCAUUGAAUCAUUUGCGUUUCUAUCGCCGUGAGAGCUCGGCAAAUAACUCAUUAACGAUAUCUUGCCAUAGUCCAACACCACUGUCCACCGCCAGUGGUAAGCUUGCACUAGCUCCUGGUGUACAGGCACAGCCACAAGCGGCUAGCGUGCGUUGUUCGGAGUGUGAGCUACAGCCAGCAGCGGGAUUGUGUCGUCAAUGUAAAGUUUAUUAUUGUCGCAUUUGCUAUGACACUAUACAUAUGUACGGUAAGGCCCUGAAGCGGCAUUCGUUCGUCGCGCUCGGCAAUGGACGGAAUGCAGGCGGCAGAGAUUUAAAAGUACUGCGUCCAGGGCGCUGUCGUCAACAUGGCAAUAUUACGGAUCGCUAUUGCCGCACAUGCAAAUCGGUUUGUUGCAGUACGUGUUUUAUGACAAACCAUCAUGGCCAUCGCUGGACAGCGUUGGGAAUUGAGAAUGAAAAUAUGCGAGGUGAAAUAGAAAACAUUUUGGAAUCAGUGAAAAUGUCGCGCGAAAGUUUGCGGAAAGCACAGAAGGUAAGUAGCAAAUCUAAUGCCUUCCUCCGACAAUAAAUUUUACAUACCGGA